AUGGAGAGAAGAGGAGGAGAGGAAGCAGUUAAUAUACUACUACUCCUGGUGGAUGAAUUGGAAAGAAAACAAGAAGAUUUGAUCAUUAUUUCAAGCAAGUUAAUCUCCCAGCAGCAUCCAAAAAGUGGCAACAACAUUAGACCAGAAGGAUCACUUCUUUUGGUGGUAAAAGGUGUUGACUACCGGUUUUCGCUGCUGAAUGCUAAGACCAAGCGGCCCGAAUCAAGGAAAAACAAAAACUUUUUCUUUAGAAGUUCUGUCCAUGAAUCAUAUUUCAUCCAACGGCCUUACUCUAGGCCCACGGACUCGAGUUGUGGAUGGGCUCAAAAUCAGGCCGAGAAAAGGGAAUCAGCAUGGACUGGAAUACUUUCAACUCAUUGUAGGAUAGUGACUGCUACUUGCAACUUCGGAGACUCAGAGUUCAGCAGCCUGGCCUUCAACUUUAGCCGGCUUUAUUUGGGCGAGGAGGAAGGGUAA